AUGACCUCCACCGAUGCCCCCGAGCUGAUAAGACCAGAGGUUCGGCGGCUGGGCGCGGAAGAAGUUCAAGAAUUGAGAGCGCAGAUCUUUGCCCCGGAAGCCCAGGAAAAUGUCGAGCCGGAGGAGAAGAGCGACGAGCCGCCCUCAAAAAUGCAGAAGCUCGAUGGGCCGAAGGGGUUGCCGCAGAAGAAAUAUUACAGGCAACGUGCCCACUCCAACCCGCAUUCGGACCACGAUAUCGACUAUCCUCGGAACCCGGCCGAAAUGGACUGGCACAAAUACUACGGCGACUACUCCAAUGGCCGAAAAGUCGAAUUCGCGGACAUUGGUUGUGGCUACGGAGGUCUACUCUUCAAGCUGAGCCCCAUGUUUCCGGAAUCGCUGAUGCUGGGUAUCGAGCUGAGGGUGAAGGUUUCAGAUUUCGUAAUGGACAAAAUCGCGGCGCUGAGGCUACAGGCGCUCGAGGCCGGCGACACGUGCGUCGGGUUCAAGAAUUUGGCCUGUAUCCGCAGUAAUGCUAUGAAAUACCUCCCGAAUUAUUUCACGAAGGGCCAGCUGAGCAAAAUGUUCUUCCUCUACCCGGAUCCGCAUUUCAAGAAGAGAAAGCACAAAUGGCGCAUUAUCACGCGGGAAAUGCUUGGAGAAUACGCCUACGUGCUGCGCCCUGGAGGCAUCAUCUACACGAUCAGUGACGUCGAGGAGCUGUCACAGUGGAUGGUCAAGGAAUUGAGCCGGCAUCCACUAUUCGAGCGGUUGACCGACGAGGAGGAGAAAGCCGACCCGGUGACGGCGCUGAUCUACGAGUCGACCGAGGAGGGCCAAAAAGUGACGAGAAACAAGGGCGACAAGUUCGCAGCCGUUUUCCGGCGCCUGCCCGAUCCGGAGCCCGCCGAACAA